GAACUGACGUCAUUGUGUUGCGACUCCAAUUUAACGUCGUUGGGAAAGCCGGGCUGUCCUGAGUGGGAGUGGCACGGGUCCGCAGGGUAUCCUAAAAAGCUGGGUUGCGGCAAGCCGGGUCUGUAAGCUAAUAUUUAAAAAAUGACCACACCAAACAAGACACCACCUGGUGCUGACCCUAAGCAAUUGGAAAGGACUGGAACAGUACGGGAAAUUGGGUCACAAGCUGUUUGGUCACUCUCAUCUUGCAAACCAGGAUUUGGAGUGGAUCAAUUACGAGAUGACAAUCUUGAGACUUAUUGGCAAUCAGAUGGCUCCCAGCCUCAUUUAGUAAACAUCCAAUUCAGAAGAAAAACAACAGUGAAGACAUUAUGUAUUUAUGCAGACUACAAAUCUGAUGAAAGCUAUACUCCAAGCAAAAUUUCAGUCAGAGUAGGAAAUAAUUUUCACAAUCUUCAAGAAAUUCGGCAACUUGAAUUGGUAGAACCAAGUGGCUGGAUUCACGUACCCUUAACUGAUAAUCAUAAGAAGCCAACUCGCACAUUCAUGAUACAGAUUGCUGUUCUAGCCAAUCAUCAAAAUGGAAGAGACACCCACAUGAGACAAAUUAAAAUAUACACGCCAGUAGAAGAGAGCUCCAUUGGUAAAUUUCCUAGAUGUACAACUAUCGAUUUCAUGAUGUAUCGUUCCAUAAGGUGACCUUAACACAGGACAAAAGUCAUUAAACAUAUCUUUGUUUUAUCUUGUCAGUAAAUAUUAUAUCUGGAAUCUUUAUUGAAAAAAACAUCAGUUACUUUGCAAUUUUGUAUGCAUUGAAGAGUAUUUUAUUGUAACUUUAAUAAAUAGAUUUUGGGUCAUAUAAUUUUUAUUUUCUUUAACAUAGAAUGAAGCUCACAUAUUUUACAUUAUUAAAAAAAGAUUUGAAGCCAAUCAUUAAAUUUUUCAUUAUAACGAAAAACAAUUGAACUGAAAAUUUUAAGAGAUAACACAAUUUUUUUUACUAAGUGAUUAUUUCCUAUAGUGAAUGUGCAUUAGAGUGAUGCUUUAUUGAAUGUUUGGGAACAAUACUAUGUUUUUUCAAUAGAUACUGUCUUUAAUAGGCCAAAAUUCUUCUUCUCUUUUUUUCUUUCUAGAGGAAGCUUAUUCUUUUAAAAUUGGGCCUUUUAAAAAACAGUAUCAAAAUAGGCUUAGCAUUAGGUAUCUUAUGAGAACUAUUCUGAUUUGGAGAAUAUAGUUAUGUGUCUCAUAAAGUUUUUUAAAUGUAUGAGAUUGUUCUUUGUAUAUAAAAAUAUUUUAAAGGCGCUUAAAAUGUGUUUUCUUUCCAUAGUUUAAAAUGAGUAGAUUUGAUUCUGUAUGCUUUUUCCCCCCCUGUAUUUGUUACUUUUUAGGAGGGUAAUUAUAUAGCCACAGAACUUCCCUAGAUUGGUUCUUGUUUGGAAAAGAUUCCUUGGUGGUUUUUGCAUUGCUGGAUAGAUUGAAGUCUUAAAUUGUAAAGUUUUCAUUCUUUUUUUUUUUAAUUGAAGUAUAGUUAACAUACAAUGUUCUAUUUGUUUCAGGUGUAUAAUAGUGAUUUGACAAUUCUGUGUGUUACUCAGUGCUCACCAGGAUGAGUGUAGUCACCAUACAAAGUUACUGCAAUGUUACUGACUGUAUUUUCUAUGCUGUACUUUUUAUCUCCAGGACUUACUUAUUUUAUAACUGAAAGUUUGGAUCUCUUAAUCCCCUUCACGUAUUUCACUCAUCCCCCUAAUCCCCUUCCCUCUGGCAAC